UCUCCGGGCGCCCAGGGAGCUGACGGAGAGGGCCGCCGCCCAGCCGUAGACGUUGUCUCAGCGAGCCGAGCUGCGGUCUCCGCGGUGUGUGAGUGAGCCCGGGCUCUGUCCCCUCUCCCGCCGCCGCCAUGGGCUGCACGUUGAGCGCCGAGGACAAGGCGGCGGUGGAGCGGAGCAAGAUGAUCGACCGCAACUUGCGGGAGGACGGGGAGAAAGCGGCCAAAGAAGUGAAGCUGCUGCUACUCGGUGCUGGAGAAUCUGGUAAAAGCACAAUCGUGAAACAGAUGAAAAUCAUUCAUGAGGAUGGCUAUUCAGAGGAAGAAUGUAAACAAUAUAAAGUAGUCGUCUACAGCAAUACCAUACAAUCCAUCAUUGCAAUCAUAAGAGCCAUGGGACGGCUAAAGAUUGACUUUGGGGAAGCUGCCAGAGCAGACGAUGCCCGGCAGUUAUUUGUGUUGGCUGGCAGUGCUGAAGAAGGAGUCAUGACUCCAGAACUAGCAGGAGUGAUUAAACGGUUAUGGCGGGAUGGUGGGGUGCAAGCUUGCUUCAGCAGAUCCAGGGAGUAUCAGCUUAAUGAUUCUGCUUCAUAUUACCUAAACGACCUGGAUAGAAUAUCCCAAACCAACUACAUUCCGACACAGCAAGAUGUCCUGCGAACAAGAGUGAAGACCACGGGCAUUGUGGAAACGCAUUUCACCUUCAAAGACCUUUACUUCAAGAUGUUUGAUGUAGGUGGCCAGAGAUCAGAACGGAAAAAGUGGAUUCACUGUUUUGAGGGAGUGACAGCAAUUAUCUUCUGUGUGGCCCUCAGUGAUUAUGACCUUGUUCUGGCUGAGGAUGAGGAGAUGAACCGAAUGCAUGAAAGCAUGAAGCUGUUUGACAGCAUUUGUAACAACAAGUGGUUUACGGACACUUCAAUCAUUCUCUUCCUCAACAAGAAAGACCUUUUUGAGGAAAAAAUAAAGAGGAGUCCAUUAACUAUCUGUUAUCCAGAAUACACAGGUUCCAGUACGUAUGAAGAAGCAGCUGCUUAUAUUCAGUGCCAGUUUGAAGAUCUGAACAGGAGAAAAGACACCAAGGAGAUCUAUACCCACUUCACCUGUGCCACAGACACGAAGAAUGUGCAGUUUGUUUUUGAUGCUGUUACAGAUGUCAUCAUUAAAAACAACCUAAAGGAAUGUGGGCUUUACUGAAGACGGUUGGAGAUCAACGAAAGUUACUAUGGCGUGGAGUGUUGAGCCCAGACUUCUUUUGCUGUCUCAUUGGGCAGCUGCAAGCAUGAACGGGACCAGGGAACGGCAGCAGCAUGCAGACUCGUAGCACUCUGUAGCACAAUCUUCUGUAUUAGGGAACUCUUAAUUGACACGAGAUGCUAAAGUCAGACAUUGGAAUUGGAACAACUGUAAAGUAUGAUUCGAUCAUCAAGGCAUCACUUGGAUUUCAUAAUCUCAAAUGUUUAGGGCUGAUGCGAAGUUGAGGUGCUGCAUUCCAGAACUUUUAAUAUGUAGCUUACUCUUUUUUUUCCUUCUUGACAAACCACCCUAGUUCAUUUUUAAAGUUUUUUUUUCCAUCAAGAGAAUAACGUUACCAAAUUUUAUUUCUUUGUUUGCAAAAGAAUCUUUAUUAAAACACAAUCUUAACUAUGCACACGAUGUGAGCAGAUCAUCUUGAAAAUAUUCCUCUUAGUAGGAACCCUUUGUUGUUAACUUUUGGUAUGCUCAGAACAUAAUAUUUCCAUAAUUACUUAAUUCUUUAUGGUUAUUGGGACUAUGAUUAUAGCUUUCUUGAAUGAAAUUUAUGUUACUAUCCUGUUGAAAGUACCAUUAUGGUUUUUAAAUGGUAAUCACAUUGGAGAGUUCUGUAAUAAGAUUCUCGCUUUCUAACUUUUGUUUAAGUUUAGGGUUUAAGGUUAACCUGGUUUAUGCUGAUUACCAAAUUACUAGGUAAACGCUGAUGUAGGAUGUAAAGUUAGCUUCUUGGAUAUGGACACACCUAGGGCAGCCGUCAAUUAGAAAUGCAAAUUGCAAAAUUCCAGACCGAAACCAUGACUUUGCUGCUACAUAUCUACUAAAUUGACCACUUUGGUUCUUGCCUGUUUGUCUCAGUCAUAGGGAGUUCUGUAAAAGAUGCCCCUUGUUUUCCAUCUUCCAUGGCCUUUUCUGUUGGGAAACAUCUAAAGUGUAUUAACAGUGCAUGCUUUUACUUUGUAAACAUGGUGCCAAAUCCCUGUUUGCCAUUGUUUUUAUUGUAGCAAUGUUAAUUGUAGUAAUCCUUAGUCAGUACCUUCUUUUACCGAAACUCUUGAAUUUUGGGACUUUUUCCACUGUGUUGUAUGUACAGAUUUUAAUCUGUUAUAGUUGGCAGCAGUAUUAAAAUGGUGAGUAAAGAGUC